AGAGGCCUGCAGACAGACGUCAUCCCCUGAAAAUAUCCUAAACAAGGUGCAGGCCAACGAGGAAGAGGAGAGGCUGAAUAGAGAACUGGAGCUAACUACCAAGGAGAGAAAUGAGCUGACAGAUCGCCUCCUUUAUGUGACAGGUGGAUGCAUGAACAAGAGCCCCUACUUCAGGCCAAAUCCAUUUUAUGAAAACUUGAAGAUAAAGGAGAAAGAGGUCAUGUCAUUACUGCACAACUUAGACACAAAGAACAUUGAACAUCGUGAGAAAUUUCAGGAGUUCAAGAAGGAGAUUAACUUCUAUCGCAACCUGCACAGCCGGCUCCUGAUGGACCAGGCAUGUAUGAAGAAGAAGUUGGUCACAUUGAAGCAGGAGUGCAAGGAGUUACAGCGAUAUUUGUUUGAGAUGAACCCGAAUGAUGAAGAUGAACAGGAGAAGACCAGCAACCUCCAGACCCAGCAAAAUGUGGUAGGAACAAGCAGCUGAGUCAGAUUAACAAUGUCUGAUACCAUUUGCCUAUUGGAUACAUCUUUGCUUCCCCUAUCAUCUUUCUAAUCUCCCCACACCCAAUCAGUC